UAAUUCAUUAUAUUAUUAUAGUUUUUACAAUUUAUAUUCUUCAAGCUGUGCUAUAAAUAGUAAUUACUUUUUUAGGGUACCUACUAUACUACUUUUGUAUGUUUAUAGCCCAUUACUUUAUGCAACCCUCAGCUUAACCGAAAAUAAUUGAAAUAUUGUUUAAAUUAAAAUGCUAUCUUCACUUGUUAAAGAACAUCAAGUAAAACAAGCUGCCCGCAAGGAAAGCCAAGAUAUUAAAAGAAAAGAGGCAGUGAACGCAGCCAAUGAAUUAACCAACGCACUGGUCGAACACCUUAAUGUUGGUGUUGCCCAAGCGUAUCUCAAUCAAAAAAAACUCGAUGCUGAAGCAAAACAAUUACACCAGAGUGCAAUUGUCUUUUCCAAACAAACUUCUCAAUGGCUGUCACUGAUCGACAACUUUAAUAGUGCUCUCAAGGAGUUGGGCGAUGUUGAGAACUGGACACGUACCAUUGAAAAUGACAUGCAAAACAUCACCACUACCCUAGAGUAUGCAUAUAAAGUUUCGCAAAAACCUUAACUAAUGAUGGUCACAAGAACAUGUUUUCUCAAUCUCAGUUUUAAUCCAUUGUUCAUUUGUACUUAUUUAAAAUAACUGGAUACCUAUUACCUACAUAAUUUGUUAUUAUUAAUUUUUAUUAUUUUUGUAUAUUAUACAUAAAAUUAUAUUUUUA